AUGACAUUUGAGAGUACUCUGGCAAACCUCCAAAGGAAGGUUUGGUCAGGCUCCAUACCGUUUGAGAUUAGAUUAUCGAAUGUCGAAUGCAGAGUAUAUGACCGCUCCGACCCGUAUCUCCUUCAUGCUUUCUUCCAAUCGGCCCUCAUAGAUCCCACGAGUGAGCCCCGAAUAGGCUGGUUCUCUUUCCAAGAUGUGCCACUGCACUGGCAUUAUCCGACCGGGCUGCUGUACGACCUGUACUCCGGAGCAAAGCCGCAUUUUUCGACGGUUCGACGGCACAUACGAGGCUCCCGUCCAAGUGAAGAGAGGGAUCGCGAGAGGGACAGGCCGGCAAGCCAACAGAGUGGUGCCGGCCUCGGGAUGGACGACAACCUUUCGGGAAGGAUAAAGGAGAUAAGCCUUCGGGAUCUAGAUGAUGUCGUAAUGGACGGAGGCUAUCAAAACAGUGACGAUGUCGGAAAACUGCCAUGGAAGCUGGUGGUUCACUUUAGCGACUACCCCAUGGACGCCCUCAUUCAGCUCGACAAGGACGGCAAAGCACUCGAGGACGUAUUUAUCAAUAGUGUCAAAGAGGCUAGUUUCGCCAGGCACGGUAGUGGAAAGGUUGUCAUGUCGUUGGGGGAGAAUGAUUCGAAGCAGCUGUGGAAGUCGGUGGAGCAAAACGACCUUCUCAUGUUCAAUGCUAUUAACAACAAACUCCUCAAUGCGCCGGGGGCAACGAUGAGGAGCAUCCCAUUCAGAGUUUUCUUGCCGACCACAUCACACGCAAAAGCAACGCUAUCACCUACCCGAGGAUCCGCUCUGUCUGCUCCCCCAGGUCCAGCAGGCUCACCGGUUGUAUCAUCACCAAAUCCAGGGCAAGAAGCGACUGCAUCUCAAAACACUGCAAGCAUUUUGCGGAUGAUCCAACGUCUCUUACCGCCAACACUAGCCCCUUCCUCUCGUCAAGGGCAGACAUUAGGAACCGCACUUCAUUCCGUACUUCCGACCCUGUUCCCCUCUCGAAGACAGCCCGUGCUUGCAUGGCCCGUGAUACACGGCGCAGUGGUUCCAAUGGCAGCUCCGCUGGAAGAAUUAGGGAAAUGGGCAAGCUAUGCGGACGGUUGGGUGACCGUGGGUGUGGUGAUGAUGGAAUGA